AUGAGGUCACGGCGGUGUCCGUCACUAGGCGGCGUCACAAAUCUUCACCACGGCUGACCCGCGCAAACCGCUUAAGAGGAGUAAAACACAUACAAACACACAAAUACCAGGAACACAAUGAGCGUUGACGUGAAGAAACUGAAAGUUAACGAGUUGAAAGAGGAGCUCCAGCGCCGUGGCCUGGACACCAGAGGCCUGAAGGCGGACCUGGUGGAGAGACUGAAAGCCGCUCUUGAGGCUGAAUCUCAGGCUGAUACCUCGGAGCCGGGGGAGCAGGGGGACCAGGGGGACCAGGAGGAGCAGGGCGAUGAAUUCUGCCAGGACUUCCAAGAUAAUGAAGAUAACGAUGAUGGAGAGGAUGCUCCUGAGCAACAAGAAGCAGCUGAGGAUGAGGACGAUGACGGUGAUGGUGAAGGUGACGUGCCCCAAGAAGAGGAAGAUGAUGAGGCUAGAGAUUCAGGUGGUUACUACGAGGAAGAGGAGGCAGAGGGUGAGCCUUACCAAAGUCAACCAGCUUCAGACUCGGGUCACAGCAUGCCCGACUUCACAGCGGACGUCGACAUACACAAAUCCAACGUGACGCCCGAGGAAGAGAACAAGCUUGUCCCCGAGCCAGAGCAAGAGCCGGAGCAAGAGCCAGAGCAAGAGCCAGAGCAAGAGCAAGAGCCAGAGCCAGACCCAGAGCCAGAGCAGAAAGUUGAGAACAAAGAAGAAGUAAAAGUGGAGAUCAAAACUGAAGAUGACUCCGAGGCUCCUGUAGACAGAGAGCAGGAUAAUCAUGGGACGGAGCAGGAGCAUGAGCAAGACGGCGCAGCUCAGGCUGAGCAAGUCAAAGUGGAGGCUGAUAAAGGCGGGAACUACAGCCGCAAGAGACCGUACGAGGAGAACAGGGGCUACGGCUACUAUGAGCACCGUGAGGACAAGAGAUCCCGCACACCACAGCCCCCUGCAGAAGACGAGGAAGAAAACAUUGAUGACACGCUUGUUACAAUUGAUACGUACAACUGUGAUCUGCACUUCAAAGUGUCCCGAGAUCGUUACAGCGGCUACCCACUGACGAUCGAAGGUUUUGCUUACCUGUGGGCUGGAGCACGAGCUACACACGGUGUCACCCAGGGUCGUGUCUGCUACGAGAUGAAGAUCAAUGAGGAAAUUCCUGUGAAGCACCUGCCUAGCAGUGAGCCAGACCCCCACGUGGUCAGAAUUGGAUGGUCCAUCAACCACAGCAGCACUCAGCUUGGUGAGGAGCCCUUCUCCUUUGGAUAUGGAGGAACAGGAAAGAAAUCGUCUGACUGUAAAUUUGCAGACUUUGGCGAGAAGUUUGGUGAAAACGAUGUCAUCGGUUGUUAUAUUGACUUCGACAGCGGUGAAGAGGUGGAGAUGGGCUAUUCCAAGAACGGCGUGUCGUUGGGCGUCGCUUUCCGGACGACCAAGGAGGCGCUGGCGGGUCGGGCCCUUUUCCCUCACGUCCUAGUGAAGAAUUGCGCCGUUGAGUUCAACUUUGGCCAGAAGGGGGAGCCUUACUUUCCCCCGCCGGAGGGAUACACCUACAUCCACAAUAUCGACAUGGACGACAAGAUCAGAGGCACUAAAGGACCUGCCAGCAAAUCUGAAUGCGAGAUCUUGAUGAUGGUCGGCUUGCCUGCCUGUGGAAAGACUACUUGGGCCAUAAAGCACGCAGAGACCAACCCUGAGAAGAAGUACAACAUCCUGGGCACCAACGCCAUCAUGGACAAGAUGAAGGUGAUGGGUCUGCGUCGCCAGAAGAACUACUCCGGCCGGUGGGAUGUCCUGAUACAGCAGGCCACCCAAUGUCUGAACAGGCUGAUCGAGAUCGCUGCACGCAAGAGGCGCAACUACAUCCUGGAUCAGACAAAUGUAUAUGGAUCAGCAAGGAGACGAAAAAUGCGUCCUUUUGAAGGUUUUCAACGCAAGGCUAUUGUAAUUUGUCCCACGGACGAGGAUUUAAAAGAACGAACAUUAAAGCAAACCAAUGAGCAGGGGAAGGAUGUGCCCGAUCAUGCUGUUUUAGAAAUGAAAGCCAACUUUACUAUCCCUGAGGCUUGCGACUUCCUGGAGGCGGUGACGUACAUUGAGCUGCAGCGCGACGAGGCUGACAAGCUGUUGAAGCAGUACAAUGAGGAGGGCCGAAAAGCUGGACCGCCCCCCGAGAAACGCUUUGACAACAGGCAGGGUGGUUUCCGUGGCCGUGGCAGCGGUAGCUUCCAGAGGUACGACAACCGCGACAGUUCCCGCGGUAGUUACCAGAACCGCAGCGGAGACGGAGGCAGUGGAUACAGAGGAGGCUACAAUCGUGGCAGCUACAACCAAAACCGCUGGGGCAGCAACUACCGUGACGGAAGCUCUGACACACGUGGUGGAUAUAACCGCAGCCAGCAGUCAGGAGCAAGCUACAAUCGCCCGGCUCCUUACAACAAAGGAGGAUACAACCAGGGCUACAGCCAGAGCUACAACCAGGGGUACAACCAGGGCAGCUACAACCAGAACUACUACAGCAACUACAGUCAGUACCCGGGAUACAGCCAGAGCUACAGCCAGACGCCCACCACUGCACAGACGUACAACCACCACCAGCAACAGCCGCAACAGCAGCCACAGCAGCCACAGCAACAACAACAGCAGCAGCAGCAGCAGCAGCAGCAGCAGCAACAACAACAACAGAGCUACAACCAGCAAUAUCAGCAGUACGCUCAGCAGUGGCAGCAGUACUACCAGAACCAGAACCAGUGGAACCAGUAUUACAGCCAGUACGGCAGCUACCCUGGACAGGGCAGCCAAGGCUCAUCUUCAGGUUCCCAGUAGCUUUUUUUGCCCCCUUUUUUGCAUCUGUCCCUGCACCCACCACCUGUGUCCUAACAAAAGAAACAACAAAAAAAUCCCUCCUUCCUUCAGACCUCUGCAGCAGAACGACCUUUUUGUACAGUUCCACGAGUCACCUACCACAACUGUC